AUGAGUGUGGGGAGAGGCGACCUUUUCCAGGGCUCCAGGGAGCUCCCUGAGAAGGCAAUGGCGGAGCUCAAGUCUCUGUCCGGAGACACCUACUUAGCUUUAACCCAGAGCUACACAACUGCCGCUUUCCCUUAUGGCUCUGUCCGCGGUGCUGAAGCGCACCGAGGUUACAAUACAUCGCCUGCGGGAGACUUUCAUGGGACUCCUCUGGCCAAAGGAGGAGCAGCCGAGAGCAGCGGAGAGCAGAGCGGUGAUGAGGAGGACGCCUUUGAACCUAGGAAAAGGAGCCCUGGGUUCGACACCGAUGCCAAACUCAAGGCGGGGACCCUGGCCAAGAAACCCAAAGAACAGCGCUCCUUGCGCUUAAGUAUCAAUGCCCGAGAGCGGAGACGUAUGCACGACCUGAACGACGCACUGGAUGGACUCAGGUCGGUCAUUCCCUACGCUCACAGCCCUUCUGUGAGGAAAUUAUCCAAAAUUGCUACUCUUCUCCUAGCGAAGAACUACAUCUUGAUGCAGGCCCAGGCUCUUGAGGAGAUGCGACGACUGGUAGCCUAUUUGAAUCAGGGUCAGAGCCUCACCGGCCCUAUUCCAGCCACAUUGACUCCCUUUGGCCAGGCUGCAGUAUAUCCGUUCUCAGGUACAGCACUGGCCGCCUGUCCCGAGAAAUGUGCUGCCUUCUCGGGUACUCCUUCUGCUCUUUGUAAGCAUUGUAACGAGAAGCCGUGAUUAUGUGUGUAUCUAACCCUGUCCCCACAUCUCCCAGCAUCACCUUUCCUCCAGUUCCUUGCUCCUUCCUUACCUUGUUCAUUGUCUUCCAGUCUCCUCGAAACACCGUUUCAGUUAGAAUUGCUACAAUGCUUAUUCCCAUCCACACACUUCCCCCCUCACCUUCCUUUAGUUCUCAGACUUGUUUAAACCUAAAGCAACAAAAGGGAGAAGAGAAUACACCAGGCUUCGGACUUCGGUGUAAUUUGUGUUAAAUUGUCUUAUGCAAUUGCUUUCCUCGCGGGCCCGGGCUAAGCAAGUCAGAGAAACUUCGCUUUCCUUCUGCACCCAGCCCUCAACUUUCUAAUCCCACCUUGAGAACGCUCCCGUUUUUACACAGAAAAUUAUUUCUUGCAAUUAGACUCUAGGCCUGGGACAGACCGUGAUGAGCGCAGAUGGAUUUCGGGUGGUUCGAAGCCUAAUCUAGUAACUAUGCAACGCUGCCCUCAACAAUAGCCCCAAAUCCAGGAACUCAAGUCCCAGAUUCUGGGUUCCGCUCCUUGUCCAGUAUGAGAUCUAUUUCCAGGAACUUUGAAACUUUCCAAACUCCCAGACGCAAAAGUUCAGCUACAAGCCAAGUUAUUCGUCCUCCCUCUAAACCCACUAUGCCUCAUCCUCCAGAACUCCGGGCUUCUUAAUAUGUGUCUUUUGCAACCAAGAGGUGACUUUCUACUCUCUCUGCCUCAUACCUCUUCCCAGUGCUUGGCCUUCUCAAACCAAAGCCUUCCGGCAUCCUGGAAAGAUGUCUUCUUCCCAAACCAUUGUUUGCUUGAGGAAUAAGUGCUGAAAGCCAAAUUUCGGGGAAAAUCUGAGAUUUUCAAUAAACCAUCAGAUUCAAGUUACAUAAAGAUCUGAUCUGCAUAGCAGCACUGUAGGCCCGGUAGGACCGAUAGUGCACUAACCUUGUAAACAGUUAAAGUUAGAGACGAAUCUGACUUGGAGGCUGAGACCAGAAAAGUUUUAACCCUUCCACUUCGUGGGAUUUUCUUGAUCCCAAUCUGAAGCUAUCGAAGAACGAAAGCUAGCAAUAGCACAGGACAACUCUAUGAAUGUUUUGUGAGGACUUCAAAAAUUCAGAAAAAAAGUUGGAGCUUCCCGGAUCCCAAGGCCAGCACAUUAGUCAAAUUAAACCUCGAACUUAUCCCCAGGGACAGAGCAACUGCUCUAGCCCAGGGCAAAUUGUAAAGUAGACAAGCCUGCUCGUUGCCCGACAAUCUGGCACCAAUUUUCAAUAGAAGAUGUGUUGUAGUUUCCAGGCUGAGAAAUGAAACAUCAAGUGAAAAGCAGCCACCUCAUAAAAGGCAAAUAUUAUUUUUCUAAAGGGAGAGUGAAAAUAUGAAGACCACCACUGUCAUCUAAGAGUCCACGUUUGCUUCAUCAUCUCUUUAUGAGCAAGUUCUCUCUACUCGGAAUCAGAACAUAGUUCCUAAGCCCUAAGAAUUGCAGAGGACAAUGAUUGCAGUGCUUUUCCUAAUGUGAAUUUGUUUGUGACAUGUUUCUACUCUUUAAUCUCUUUUGGCAUCCCAUUUACAGAGAUGAAAACAGGGAUUUGUGAUGUACUGAAUUGUUUCUGUAACAAUUACCUCUUUGGAUUCAUGGAUCUGUAGCCCCGGCCAGUUUAAUGCCUCCAACAAAAGUAUAUUUAGUAAAAUUAGAAACUUAACAUGCUUUCAAAAUGGAAACUCUGUUAUCUGGAAGUAAAAUUCCCAAAUGAAAAACAUCUAUGUUAGUGUAAAUAUAGUAGUUAAAUAAUCUGCAGAGGGGAAAAUAUAUCAUGUUUCAAUAUUCACCUCUCAUAGAAAUCACUAUGAUUCCCCCUUUUAAAAGAAUUUUUUUUUCCUUUUCAAAAGAUAAACAUAUAUGUCUAUUUAAAAAUAUUAAUGAACUUUAUGCCUUUCUCAAUAGCCCUAUAAUUAAAGUGCUUUAAAUAGUUAUUCGUACAAGACAAUGUAUGAAAUUCUAAUUAUUAAACAUUACUCUAUCCCUC